AUGGCCGAAGAAGUGGAAUACACAGACGGACCAAACGAUGAGGGUGAAUAUUUCCAACGACCUGGAAAACUCUCUGAUUAUAUGCCACGUCCGUAUCCUAACGACGAAGCUGCUCGUGCGAGUAAUGCUGGAGCUCUCCCCCCCGAUCUUUCUUUAAUGAUUAAGGCACGCCAUGGUGGUGCUGAUUAUUUAUUUUCUAUUUUAACUGGUUAUAUGGAUGCACCGGCUGGUGUCGAAAUUCGCGAUGGUUUAUAUUAUAAUCCCUAUUUCCCUGGUGGUGCAAUUUCCAUGGCAAGGGCUUUAUUUGACGGAGCAGUUGAAUACGAUGAUGGUACCCCUGCAACUACAUCUCAGAUGGCCAAAGAUGUUACGACAUUUCUUUCAUGGGCUGCGGAGCCUGAACACGAUGAUCGUUUGCAGCCUUGA